AUAAACCCCUCACUACCAUUACCAAAAACCAGUAGCCAAGAGUUUUUUUUCAUUUUUCUUUUAAAACCCAUGGAUCGGUUUUCGUUCUUGAAUGUUGUAAUGGAGGUUGCGGGUAUUCUAAAUGAAUCCCGCAAACUCUUUCUCAAGAACAAAAAGUUGAUGUUUUCAGUCUUGGCAUUUCCUCUCUUACUCAAUUGUUUAGUUUACUUGUUCAACGCCAUUGCCAUCAAACCCGAGAUAACAAACUUGAUCCUUGAAUCAAGUUUGUUACCUAUGACAGAUCCAAACACCCCGGAAUAUGCUGCCCAUCUUAUGAGAGUCUUUGUAGAUUUUCGUCAGUUUGUUAGUUCUUUAUACAUCUUCUUUGCCGUCUCCUGCAUCAUCAACCUCUUAUCCACUCUUGUCAUCGUUCACGCAUCGGCUCUUACUCAUAAAGAUGAUAGCUUCGAGAUCAAAGAUUUUCCGAUUCUGACCCUUAAAUAUUGGAAGGGACUUCUUGUGACUAAUUUCUACAUUGCUCUCUUCAGUCUUGGCUAUUGGUUCCUAUUCGUUAUAAUCCUUUUUUCUAUCGUUUUCUUCUCUACAAAACUCGAUUCCUUGGUAGCCAAAUCUCACGCUUUAUGGAUUCUAUUCGCAGUCUUUGAGGCUUACUUAGCUAUAGUUUGGAACUUAUCUAUGGUCAUAUCGAUACUCGAGGAUACUUAUGGGAUCCAAGCUUUGGGGAAAGCUGCAAAGAUUGUUAAAGGGAUGAAGCCAAAACUAUUCCUCUUGAAUCUUUUCUUUGGUUUAUUGUCAUUUGGAUUAGUUCAAAUCUUGCGACUGAUCGAUUGGAGUAGUUCAUUCUCGGUUACCUUAACCACCGGUUUGGUCCUUGUGAGUUCGGUCUUUAUGGUGAGGAUGUUUCAGCUUGUGACUUACACCGUUGCCUAUUUCCAAUGUAAGAGCCUGCAAGGCAAAGACGUUGACUCGCUGAGGGAUGUGGAAUAUACGAAAUUGUCCUCCACUACUCUCAUGGGAGGAUUGCCUUGAUUAUAUCUAUAGAAGUGUAUAUAGUUUGUUUGUCUUAAGAAUGUUGAAGUUCACCAUGGAUUCGGUAAAUGAGUGCUAAUAAUCAAAGUUUGUUUUU